GGAUAGUUCCAGUGGAGAAAGAUUAGACUCCUCAGAAGCUAAUUGACUAGGGAAGGAUCAGGGAGACAAGAUACACCAAAAGGGAGAGGGAAUCUACAAUGGAAGGACACAAGAAAGAUCAACUGGAUUAAGUAGUCAUGAUUAUGCAAAGCCAUAUCCAGGGACCAAGGUGUAAAACAGGUCGGAGAAAAUGGAAAUCUUAAGAUUGGCUCAGUCAAAAAGAAACAUUAUCAGUUUGAACACGGACCUUGAAAGGGAUAUGCAGAGAAUGGAUGAAGCAAAUCAGAAACUUCUUCUCAAAAUCCAAGAGAGAGAAGAUAAGAUUCAGAGGCUGGAGAGUGAGAUCAUUCAGACAGGGGACCUGGUGGAAGAUGAAGAGUGGGAGAAGGAGAACCGCACCACAAUGGAAAGGGAAAGAGCCUUGCAGGAGCUGGAGGAAGAAACAGCCAGACUUGAAAGGAAGAAUAAGACAUUGGUUCACAGUAUAACAGAACUUCAACAAAAGCUUACAAGGAAAUCACAAAAGAUAACCAAUUGUGAACAAAGCAGUCCAGAUGGAGCCCUAGAAGAGACAAAGGUUAAGUUACAACAGCUGGAAGCUUCCUAUGCACGCCAAGAGAAGGAGCUGCUCAAGGUAAUGAAGGAGUAUGCAUUUGUGACCCAGCUCUGUGAAGAUCAAGCCCUCUACAUAAAGAAGUACCAGGAAACAUUGAAGAAAAUAGAAGAAGAACUAGAGGCUCGGUUCCUUGAGAGAGAAGUAUCAAAACUUGUGAGCAUGAACUCUGUGGAAAAAGAGCAUACCAGGCAAAAUAAUGAGGGUACUCCUACCCAAAAGACAGCAACAUUUUUCAGUAGAAAGAUUUUUUGCUGUCUCUUUUUCAUCACCCUAUUUCUCAUCAGACUGCUGAGCUACCUGUUUUUUCAUGUAAGAUUCAUAAAUCCAGAUCUCCUCAUCAAUGUACUGCCCAAGGUGCUGAGCAGGAGCACCUUGUGGAAGCUCAGAUGUUUCUUCUUUCCAUCUCUCACACUUGAGACAAAGGACAUGUUACCCCACUGAUUCCUCAAGAAAUAUCCUUGAGCAACAGAAGGGAAGUGGGAUCCCAGCGUGUAGAAGGGAGGCAUGAAACUUGUGGAGGAAAGAGAUUUGCUUCAGUUUUUUCCUCAUCGUUUGCCUACUCGACGACCUUCCGUCACCACAUCAUCUUUCCAGGAUUAACCUUGCCCAGUAAAAAGCUCUGUAAUAGA